UGCUCUGCCAGCUUAGCCUCCGACUCGGCGAAGAAUGGCAUCAUUUUUCGUCCACGGAAGGCAGAUUUGCCUUCUCCAUUCCCCCCAGCACUUCCUGCUAACGCUGCGUCACCUCUUCCAGACCGUCAAGGAGCGGGCAGUCAUCUCGGCCCUCUAUGUCGGCACGGGAGACCCGGAGUCGGCCGUCAUCCGAGAUCUGCUCUCGGCAUGCAAGGCGCGCGGCAGGGCAUUGCAAGUGGACGUCCUGCUCGACUGCCUCAGGGGCACACGCAAGGACAAGACCACCGAGGCGUCGUCCGUCAACAGGCUGCUGCCCGUGUUGUGGAGCGGGCAGACCAGGGCCCGUGUGGCGCUCUUCCACACGCCGCUUCUCUCGGGGCCUCUGAAGCGAGUGCUGCCCGCGCGCAUCAACGAGGUGCUUGGCACGCUGCACGUCAAGGUGUUCAUUGCGGACGACACGGCGGUGCUCACGGGAGCCAAUCUCAGCACCUCUUACCUCACCGACAGGCAGGACAGGUACGUCGUCAUCCGCGACGCGUCGGUGGCCGACUACCUGCACCAGAUCGUGAGCAGCGUAUCGGCGUGCAGCUAUCAGCUCGAGGACAACGGCGACCUGCUGCUGCCCUCGUCUGUUCCCGACCCAUCCCAGCGGCCAGAUGACUUCGCGGCCUAUCUCGGCGAGCGGCUGCAGCCGUAUCAAGCAGUUUCCACGACAGGAGGAAGACAUGGCCUGCCUCACUGGCGGACAGAGGAUAUACCGCCCCAUUGCAGGAGGGCAGACCUCACUGGGCCGAAGACAGCUGCAUUGCAGUCGUCCCUCGCCCGUGUGUCGUUUCGGCUGCAAGCUGGCUUCAUCUCGCCACCCAUCAUGGACGAGCUCACGCUUCUGGAGGAGGUCCUCGCCAACGCCGCUGAGAGCGGGCAGCGAGUGGUGCUGGCGUCGGGCUACCUCAACCCCCCGACGCAGCUACGGGAGGCCCUGCAGAAGUUCGCUGCGACGAGGGCAGAGAAGGGGAGGGAGGGAGAGGGGGGGAAGAGCAGUUCAUCUGCUACUGCUGCUCUCAGCUUGGUGACGGCGGCGCCUGAGGCCAACAGCUUCCACAACUCUCGGGGUCUGUCGUUCUGGAUCCCGGCAGCCUACGCAUCAGCGGGCGCCGACCUUCUGGCGUCGCUUCCCGCAGGCAGUGUGACGAUGCGGGAGUACUGCCGGCCUGGGUGGACGUUCCACUCGAAGGGCAUCUGGCUGUAUCCCCCAGACAGCGACAAGACCUUCCCCCGGUCGUCUGACCGGCUGCCGUGGGCCACUGUGUGCGGCAGCAGCAACUUCAGCCAGCGGUCGUCGUUUCGCGACCUGGAGCUGUCGUGCUUCAUUGAGACGGGCGAAGAGGAGCUCAGGAAGGACAUGGGCAAGGAGGUGGAGGCCCUGAUGGGUGGUGAUGGUGAUAGUGAUAGUGGUGGGUUUAGUCGGGGUGUGGGCGUGCGGGAGAUGAGGGGGAGGUGCCCUGGGUGGCUGAGGUGGCUGGUUGCCAAGAGCAGGGUCGGGACGCUGCUGUGAGCACAGCACGUGACGGCGGAUGGACAAACGUGUCCUGUGCGUGUG